CCUUCUUCUUCCUCUCCCUGCUACUUCCCUGUGAAAAGGCCAAUGACAAAAAUAAUUCACAGGGCUUCCCUCUGUGUCUUUGGUAACUACCCUGUGACAAGUCAAGAGUGCUAGUGCCUGACAAACACCACUGUUUGAUAAGGAAACAAAUAUGGAAGAAAGGGACAGGGCAAAUCCUUCCAAGGUUUGGUGAGAAAUAUGAGUGGGCAUGUAAGAAGAAGAUCCAAAUCUGCAGGAAGAAGAGAGUCUUCCCAGGUUGUUGGGCCUCUUGUUGCUCAGCAGCCCAGUGAUAAACCACCUCAACUAGAGGAACCACCGUCUGAGAAUCAGGAUACUAUAUCUGCUCAGGACAUUGAAGGGCCUGCUAUGGAAGCUGAUCAACAGGAACUGGCUCUGCUGAAGACUGUGGAUAAGCCUGGGGAUGGUCCUGAUGUGAAGGGUGAGAUUCUACCAAGUCUAGAGACCAUUGAAAAGCCAGAAGCAGGUGAAGGGCAACCACGGAUUUAAACAAAGGUAGACUGAAGCUAAGUACGCUGUCCCUAUGUUGGAAAUUUGACUGUUCACCAUCUCUCAAUAAAGUUUUACAACUUUCUUC